ACCGUCGAGCCGUGCAUUCCGUCCGUUCUGGAGCACGUGCUGACACCCACGUGGUGUACCUGUAAACAAUCAGUAACUCACAAUAAAUAAUAUAAAUUAAUCAAUUAAACUUGUGAAUAAAAAGUGAGUCAGUGCUGGAGUGUGGAUUUUUUCCCGAAGGAUUUAUUUAAAGUGGAGCACAGAAAAUCCAUCAACCUGGAGCCGACUUGUCAGAAACGACGAAAAUGUGAGCCUGAUGGAAAGGAGGCAAAGGCUGAAUUAGCUGUGCAACGCAAUAUGUUUCCUAGCGCUCAAAUUAAAAUGAGAUUGCUGUCGCCAAGCAGUUCGCCAGCAACAUCGCCCACGAUGUCUAACUCAUCGUCUCCAACACCGCCAACACCAGUAGCUCCUGCAUACAACGCUAAAAUGCCAGGUAUACCGUGUGUUGCAGCAGCAUCGAGGUACACCGCGCCAGUUCACAUCGACGUCGGGGGUACCAUAUACACCUCCUCGUUAGAAACGCUUACAAAGUACCCCGAGUCGAGACUGGCCAAGUUAUUUAACGGUAGCAUCCCCAUUAUGCUGGAUUCCUUGAAACAACAUUACUUCAUCGAUCGAGACGGUGGCAUGUUUCGACACAUUCUUAAUUUCAUGAGAAAUUCACGGUUACUUAUACCUGAAAAUUUCGCCGACUUGGAUUUACUUCUUGAGGAGGCCCGGUACUUUGAUAUUGCGCCAAUGUGCCGACAAAUAGAGCAAUUAAAAAAAGAACGUACAAAAAAUGGAAGCACAGUGGAAUCAUCAAGCCCACUGUCAUCCCUGAUAGGCCGAGACGGAAGAGUGACACCACCCAGCAGAGACGGUGACAAAAGAUCAACACCGUCUUUCGAGUGUCUGGCUUUGCACGUGAGCCCAGACCUCGGAGAACGCGUGAUGCUGUCAGGCGGGCGUGCGCUGGUGGAUGAAGUCUUCCCGGAGACAACGCAAGCGGUAAUUGACGCGCGCUCCGGAGUCGCCUGGCAUCAGCAAGAUACUCGUCACGUAAUUCGGUUUCCUCUCAACGGGUACUGCAAGCUCAACUCGGUCCAGGCGAUCACGAGGCUCCUCAACGCGGGCUUCAGAGUGGUCGCCAGCAACGGCGGUGGUGUUGAGAGCCAGCAGUUCUCGGAGUACUUGUUCGUUAGACAGGGCAUCAACACUUGACAGCCUGCUUCUUGCAAUACCAUUGAAAAAUCUUAAGAUAAGACUCAACAUCCAAGAAGUUUAUUGUUAAAUUAUUAAUUACUUAAUUUUCUGCUAUUUCUUCUUCUUAUAUUUUUAUUUUUAUUUUUAUCUACUUGUUAUAUAUAUACGUUACUCUUAACAUGUACCUAAUGUAUUUAUGAAUAUACAAUAUUAUUUUAUUUCAUGUAAAUAUUUA